GAGAAGACAGCUAAGAUUCAAACUAAUCAAAGGAGGAAGAGCUGCAGCAACUUACAUAUGUAGACAGAACAAGUUAGUGAAACAUGGGAGAAAAGGAAUGCUGAAUAGAGACAUCCAUGCUUCUGUGUAAAAUGGCUUCUUGUUUUGAAGACUGCAGUCCCAAUAAACCAUGAUCUAUUGUAAGUGGAGAAUUUGAGGAUCCUACACUGAUGCUUAAAUCAGGUAGACAAGAACAGAGUUGGGAAGAGUUAUUUUCAGAAAGGAGAGAAGAUAACGGGAACUAGGAGUUCUGAAUAAUUUAUUAUAUUUGAAAAAAUUUGAAUAAAACUGAAAAAAUCAUGAGAAAUAAGGAAUUGUUGGGUGGAGUAAAUACCUUGAACAUUGAUGAACAUCACUUUACAUUAGUUGUUUCUCUUUACCAUGGAAAAUGGAGAAAUAGCAGCCCAGGAGUUCAGACUAAGCUAACAUCUAUUGUGCUCUCCCUCUAUACCAAGAUCUUUCAGGUAUUGUUAUGUCAAUCCUCACAACAAUCCUACAAAGUAAGUACUGUUACUUCAUUUUACAUCAUGCUCAUGUUAAGUGUCUUGCCCAAGGUUUGUACAGCUAAAAGCCACAGAGGCAAGGCUGAACUCUAGGUCCUCUGACUCAAAGACAACUGUUCUUUCAAUUAAAAAACAGUACUUGUCCAUAAAAGUACCUUAAUAGCAAAAAGAACAAAAGAGUAAGAGGACUGGAGCAUGGUAGGCUUCCAUGGCACAGCCCUAGAAAUUAGAAUAUGCAAGAUAGCAUGUUCUCAUCAAUCCCAGAAGUGAGCCUAUUGCUCAGAUAGAGGCUCCUACAAGAUAAGAGCUUAAAGCUCGGCUGUGUUCCCAGCAACAAAGAACUGCACGUGGUACCUACACAGCAAUGUUAGUGAAAAAACUCAGAAUAAUUCUCAAGACCAUGUAGAAAAAGGAGAAGAGGAUAUAAUUCUAACUCACUCAGCAUUGCUUAUUAUCAAUUCCUUUUAGGGCUUCUAGAGGGUCACUUACUUGGACAAGCAUUCAGGAGCUCCUGCCAGAGAUCUGUCAUAUUGUGAAGAACAAAGGUGCUUUAUAAACAGUAGGAAAAACUGAAUGAAACAGGAUAUAGGAUGCAGUACUUAGUGCUGAAAGUUUCCUCUUGAGGAAAUCUUCCAUGGUGAGUGUGCCAUUCCCUGCUUCAAAAAGUUCGUUGGGUUAAAAUCGGGGAGUCUGGGUGAGUACAUACGCUUUAUAAUCUACUACUCACUCCUGUUGGUAAACAUGAGGAGAAGGGUGAAGGCUUCACGAUCCAUAGUUUUCAAGCAGAGUUUGCUUUCCUCCCACAGGUGAGGAAAAUGUCAUGUCCUUUGGAGAGACAUGAACAAAACCUGGAGAACCAGGAAACUGAAAUUUGACUCUUCAUGGCAGAAAGCACAAAGCAUAGGUAACAGAAGCUCCUGAUGUUUGCCCAUGCUCCCUCCUGCCCACCAAGUAUCUCUUCUCUUUUUCUUGUGUAAUACCGUUGGAUACUUUAUAGUGCAUCCUAUCUACACUAAGCUUGAUCAUAUUAAAAACGGUCGGUUCUAGAAUCCUUUUGCAAUAACUGAUGCUGUGUCAGUAUGUCUGCUGAUGGUGGAUAUAUAUGUGAAAUUGAUUGUCUGAACUCAGAACACUAAAUGGCAUUAAAUCAGUCUAUGUAAUAUAAAGCAAUGCACAGCCCCUCUCCAAUUUACUGUCCAUUCACUGUUUUUCUUCCUACUUGAGUUUUAGAGAAAAUUGAAGCCAAAGUUCUGGACGUCCUUCCCACCAUUCCCUUCCAAGGAAAGUUUGAAAAUAUUAUUUCUGAUAUUUAUAAUCAUAAAAUAUAAAUUAAGAAUUACUUGGAAAAAUACCAAGAUUAUAAAGAAAAUUAUUAAUGCCCCAAAUCCCAUAUUCCAAAGAAAGACAUAGUUAACAUUUUGGAGUAGUUUCUUCAGGUAUGGAUACAUAUACAAAACUGCAAUCAUUUAUAUUAUUAGGAAACUUCCUUUUUUCAUGUAAUAUUGUAUCAUGAGUAUUGUCUCUUGUCAUUAACUCUUCUCCAAGACUACAAUUUGCAUUGGUGAUAUUACAUGUGACAUUAUGCCCUCACAUGUGUAUACCAUAACCAUUAGAUGCCAGAAUGUCAGCAUCCUAGAGGAAAAACUUAAGCAUGUUAAAACAUGAUUGAACUUGAAAUGUGAUAUUACAUGUAAAGUCAUUUAUUUUUGCUUUUGUAUCCCAUUACUGCAGCUUUCAAGGAAAAAACACUAAAUAAGAAUGCACAUUUGAAUGACUUUUAAGAAAAUAUCUACAGCGUCUCACCAUUUGGAACUAUGUAGACCAAUAGCUAGAGAGAGAGAAUCUUUAUCAUCUUAAUGAUUUAUCCUCAUAGGUCUAGAUCACUAAGAGGUUUUAUCAAGGAUGAAUGUUGUGUUCUAUCAUUGCUUUUGGGCAUCUAGGUAGAUGAUAUUUAUUUUAUUUUUGUUACCUGUUUGUUUCAUAUAUUAUAUUUAUAGAUUUUGAAGCAUUAAUUUGGAAUUCCAUAAUUAAUAGAAAUAACAUAAUUUUAGUAUGCAGUUUGGAUGGACUUUCUGUUCUUUACAUAUGUGUUCAUAAAUGGGAUUGAUCAUAGUUUUAUUCUCUCUUUAGCAGUUUUGGGUAAAAAGCCAAUUUUAGUUUGAUAAAAUAAUUUGCAGUGUUCCAUAACUUUUUCACAUUGGAACAUGUUGUAUAGUACAUAAACUGUUUCUUAUUAGUAUAAAAUAACUAUCAUAAGCAUUCUGCAUCCAGUGCCUAUUUUGAAAGUCUAGUAUUCACAUACAUAUCGCAGUACAUAAGGCAUAGUAUGUGUUGAAUAAAUGAGUAAAUGAAGGAUGCUAGGAGAGCAGAAAGCAUAGGGUUCUGUGACAGCACAUAGCAGGGGCAUCCUACUUGGACCAAGAGGUAAGAAAGCUUUCCUAGAAAAGAUAAUAUCUAAGUUAGAAGAAGUCCUUCCAGCUUAAGAAAACAACAGGUACAAAGGCAUAAAGAUUAAAGAGUGUAUUAUUUGGAGGAUACUAAGAGAAAUUCAGCAUGGCCAUUUCAGAGCAGUGAGCUUAUCAGUAGUGGCUUCAGAAUAACAGAGAAAAUAAAGCAUUGGAAAAUUACAAAAGUUAGGAAGAAAGGUGGUACUAAAUGACAUAUCAAAGGAGGGCAGAUUCCAGAUCCUGACUCCCAGACUCUUAACUGGACAGACGUCCCUCAUCUAUCCACUUAAAAGUAGCGAUCAGAUUAUUUCCUGGAUCAGAAAAUGUUCAUUUUCUAUCAGUUACAGUCCCAAACUUCAAUCCUCUUGCCCUAAAAUUAAAAAAAACAAAGCAAUUUUUUCCCUAUAAGUCAGUCAAGCAGACUUAAAAGUUAUAAUUUAUAAUAUUUAUGAAUACAUACUUAGUAUUGUCAUGUUGAAUUAUAUAUUUUAUUUUAUUGUAUUGCACUAUAUUAUGUAUGUUAGAUGAUAUGUUGGAACCACCUACUAUGCCUGUCACUAUAUAGAUGUUAUCUAAUUUAAUUCUCACAACAAACUGAUAAAGAAUUAUAGUUUUCCCCCCAUUUUACUAGCUGAGACUAGUAGCUGAGGUAGUUGAGACUCAAAAAACUUAAGUAACUUAAAAUAGUCUUACUGAGGAUAAGCAGCAUAGUGCAGAAUCUAUAUAUUUUAAUUUAGAUCUAGCUUUAUUAGAAUGCAGUUUUAUUUCAAAAUAUUCAUCAAUAAAGUGAUUCUUAUGUAUGCAUAUUUGAAUAUAGUUUGUCCCUAGAUUUUAUUUAAUUAGAAGCUUGGAAUUCUCCAGCACAAUUCCUAGCCUCUGUUGCUGUGUGAGCCUCAGCAGUAUUGACCUCUCAGUGCUGUUUCAUCAUUAAUAAAAUAGAAUAUCCCUGUGCUUGCUGAUUCUAGGGGCUGUUCUAAGAAUAAAACAAAAUAGGGGAAGUGAAAAUGAUUUGAUAAAUAUAUACCAAAAUUCAAAUCUCCCUGAGUCAUGUCCUUUUCUAAAACCUGCAGGUGACACGGAUACAUAGGGAUGGGGAAUUAUUCAGCUGUGACCGAAUUCUUUCUGGUGGGACUUUCCCAGUACCCAGAGGUCCAGUUUUUUCUGUUUGCGCUCUGCCUCAUUAUGUACGUGAUAAUCCUCCUGGGAAAUAGCCUCCUCCUCCUCAUCAGCAUCCUAGAUUCUCGCCUCCACACCCCUAUGUACUUCUUUCUUGGGAAUCUCUCACUCUUGGACAUCUGUUAUACAUCAUCGUCCAUUCUUCCAAUGCUCAUCAUAUUUAAAUCUGGGAGAAAAUCCAUCUCCUUCAUGGGCUGUGCCCUGCAGAUGGUUGUCUCCCUUGGGUUGGGCUCCACUGAGUGUGUCCUCCUGGCUGUGAUGGCCUAUGAUCGGUACGUGGCCAUCUGCAACCCACUGAGGUACCCCAUCAUCAUGAACAGGGUGCUAUAUGUGCACAUGGCUACAUGGUCUUGGAUCAUAGGCUGUCUGAACUCCUUAGUGCAAACAGUUCUGACAAUGGUGUUGCCUUUCUGUGGGAAUAAUGUCAUAGACCAUCUUACCUGUGAGAUCUUGGCUCUUCUUAAACUCAUAUGUUCAGAUAUCUCCAUGAAUGUGCUUAUCAUGACAGUGGCAAGUAUUGUUUUAUUGGUGAUUCCUCUGUUGUUAAUUUUCACCUCAUAUGUUUUCAUUCUCUCUCCCAUCAUGAGAAUUAAUUCUGUUGAAGGGAGAAAAAAAGUCUUUUCUACCUGUUCAGCCCACCUGACUGUGGUCAUCUUAUUCUAUGGUUCAGCCCUUUUUAUGUACAUGAAGCCCAAAUCAAAGGACACAAAAGCAUCUGAUGAAAUCAUUGGGCUGUCUUAUGGAGUGGUAACCCCGAUGUUGAACCCCAUCAUCUAUAGCCUGAGGAAUAAAGAGGUGAAAGAAGCUGUGAAGAAAGUCAUGAGUAGACACUUGCAUCUAUGAAAAUAUGAAAGGACUUGAGGUGUGUGAUAUCCUCAAUGUGAGACCAGAUCAGAUCUUUUGUAUUCACAGAUGAAGUCAUGGAAGCCAAGAGUCAAGGGGAGUUUCUCCCUUCCUUUUCUCUUCCUGGUCUCCUUUCUUAGUCACUUUGAAUUGGACAUCUACUGUUUUGUCGUCCAGCAUCCCUGCCUCUGAUAAAAGAAAGCAUUUUUUCUUUUGACAAUAAACAGUCCCUCCCUCUGAGUCCAUGUGGUGCUGUACGGGGUUGAUCCUACCCUCUAGAAAUAGUGGCAUGCACAGAACAAAUGCUUAGGCAAUAAAAGAAGCAAAUCCCUCUAGUCACAGUGAUUCAUUCAGCAUAGCAAGUGAGUCCUGCCAGGCUAACCAAACUCAAUCCAAGAAUGUUGUCUCAGUAUGAGAAAAGAGGCAUUCUUUCUGAUAUAGGGUUGCUAAACUGGUAAAAGGUGAGCCUGGAGCUAAUCUUUGCCAACACGUUGGAGAGAGCCUAACUGAGAGGCAAAGGGGUGUCGAGAGAAGGAGGGAGAGUGUAUCUGAUCCUGUUAUUUUAACCCCUUUAUCCAGCUGUGUCUAAAGUUAGAUUCACAAUUCUUCUUUCUAGUUUUAUGAGUCAAUAAAUUACCUUUGUAUAAAAAACUAAUUUUGAGUUAGAUUUUUAUCACAUAAUCAUAUAGUCCUAACUAAAGUAUUCCUUUGUUCCCCCUCUCUCCACUCAUAUUUUUAAGGCAAAAAAAAGAAAAGAAGAGGAUAUAUUACCUAAGUGACCCCAAGUUCUCCAGCCUUCAGGGGCUCUCCUUUCCUUUAGUAACUAAUAAUCUAAUUUCUAUUCUGCCUACCUGCAGGCACUCCAGUUACCUCCCCAAUAAUUUCCAAGGAGCAUUUACAUUUUCCUAGUUUCUGGUUUUCACUUUUUCUCUACACUAUUGUUCUACAGUUUUCCAUCAUUCCUCUCUGGUAAUCUUGUAUGCUUCCAUGUUGUUCAAGCUCUCAACAGGACAUUUUGCCCACAAAGAAUAGACAUAAGUCUCUUAAAUAUCCAUAUCAAAAGGCCACUAUGCUUAACAUCUUUACUUAGGCUUGAAAGAAAAAUAAAGGGACUGUGAUCAGUAAGAAAAAGAAAUCAUUAUAAAAUAUCACUGCUUUUGCUAUCUAUUAGUCAUCCCCCUUCACAUGGGCCCUCUUUAGUCCAUUUUCCUCUUUAGCUCCUGUCCUGCUAUCAGAUUGAUAGUGUCUAUUCAUUUCUUUCUUCCAUGAGAAUCAGCAUUUCUCCCAAUAAAAAGGAGUGGAUACCCAACUCAAAGCACCCCUCAACAUGGUCCUUCUCAAAAUGGAGAGCAAGUUUACCCCCAAAACAGAUCACAGCUUCUACUCUUAGGGCUACAGGAAAGAAAUUCAGGAUGUUUUAAAAGAACCGUGCUUCCUCACCAGGAAUGAUUUAGAAAUACUGAAGUCCAAUCUACAAGCACCUUGAGAAAUGCGUUCUGUUUGUGAAAAUAUAUCAAGCUGUACACUUAGGAUCUGUGCACUUUCAAUAAAAAGCCAAAGAAGAAAGAAAGAACCCAACCCAUUAUCUGCUUUCCAUUAUGAGUACUGAAGUAUUAUUACAACCCUUAUAAAACUGGGGUCCAUAAGGUUCAUUCUUAACAAGGAAAGAGAGUCCAGCAAUCAAAAUUGUUUUUAAUGUCCUCUAUUUGAAUUUCUUAAAAACUGCAAUACCAUAGCAAUACUUGUAAAACUUCCAUUUGCAUUACAGGCCACACUGCUCUGGAGCACUUCUUUCCACCAUUUCCCAGUACUCAGUCUUCCUACAGUUUUCACCCUCUUUCCCCAUCUCAUCCUUCCUUGCUCACAACAGCCUCCUUCAAAUAAAAUAGAGUCUGUCCUCCUAGGGCAAGGGGAGUGGAGAAAGACGGGUUUUGAAAGAAGUGAGAAAUUGGGGUCUAAAUUAUGGGAAAAGAGCUGUUAAAAUUCCCAAGUUAAGAAUUUUUGUCCUACUACAUUAUUUGUCAAUGCAAAUGUCACCUCUUCUUUUCUUCACAUUUCACAAAUGUCACCUUUUCACCACCUUAUUAGCUCCUCUAGGAAGAAAUUAUUUCCUCAUCUUCCAUUCUUCCAUUGAUUUUUUAAAUGUGCCUCUAUUAAACUUUUUGUUAUAUUCUAUUUUACUUAUUCAAUGUGGCAUAAUUCAAAAGUAAACAAAAAGAACUUCUGCAAAUUCUAAUUCUCCAAUUUACUUGGAUUAUAAGCUUUUAUCUAUCAGGGUUUCCAUUUAUCCUGACAUAAAAUGUGGACUUUAGUCCUUAGCUCAGGGGGUUUUAUGCGUAUUCAAUAAGAAAAAAAAAUUCAACAUUCCUUAUUCAGUGCUUGGCUAAUAUCACACAAUGAAUAAUAUACUGUCCCCUUUCCUUUCCCCAUACUUGCCUGUCUCUUCUAAUAAACUGUGGGUUCCCUGAGGGUAAGAAAUGAGUAAUAUUUAUUUUAGGAUCCUUGGUACCUAAACGAGAAGAGGCAUUAUAAAUGUGUUGAAGGAACGAACGUAUGAAUGUGUGAUUGUCUUUCUUACGCUGAAGGUAAAAAAGCUUAUGUCCCAUUGCCUAAAUAUUCCUUGUGACUGUUCCAUCUGCAUCCUUGCUCAUGUCCCUCUCUCCAACUAAAAUUGCCCUCCCUAUAAUCCAUCUAUAAAAAUUCAAAGUACCCCUCAAAAAAGUCUCUGCUUAAAGCCUUUUAUUAUAAUGACUCCACCCCUUCUUCCACCUAUUCUCCCACCAAAUUAAAUUCCGACAGCAAUCUAUCUAAGCUUUGUGGUAUUUAUUAUGUGAAGACAUAUUCUCUUUGAUUAUGCACACAAUAUAUUUGUUAUUUCAUUGAAGAGUCACUAGGGUCAGAACCCGUUGUCAGUUAUUUGUCUUUGUAAUCCCACAAAUAACAGAGUGGGCUUUAAUCAACAGAUUGAUACUUUGGAUCAUUGCAUUUUGCUUUUUUGUAUAAAGUCUAUUAGUUUUUUAAAUAGAUUUUCUUUUCAUAGAAUAUGAGCAGUACAACUAUUAUAUCUGACACAUACAACUAGCAAUAAUCCUGGUUAAAAUAAUAAUAUUCCCUCUGCCAUACAUACAGUUUUGUUCAUUCUGGGCAUCAGAAAUUUGAUUGUAAUAGAUCAGGCAGAGUCCACCUAACCCAGAUAUACAUACAUAUAAUCCCUUAAUUAGUUUGCUGAGCUUAUAACUUGACAAUGACCAAAAUAAAAAGAUGUUAAUUUAUAGAAUAAUGACUCCUAUCUAUGUAUCUCCAGCCCUGAGACCUACUCUAACAGGCAUUUUAAGUAUAACAUGUCCAAAACCAAAACCUUGAUUUUUCCCCUCACCAAACUACUUCUCCUACAAGUCUUCCCCAUUUCAGGAAAUGGAGUGCCAUACAUCCACAUCCAAUCAACCAGCAAAUUCCAUCAACUCUAUCUUGAAAAUUUGCUCUGAAUCUGACCACUUCCAUGGCUACUGCCUAAGUCUACUUCACCGUCAUCUCACCUAGGCUACUGCAAUGGCUUCUCAAAUCACAUCCCUGUUUCCACUUUUGCUCUCCUACAGUCUAUUCUCUGCACAGCAGCCAGAGUGUUGCUUUUAGAAGAGUACAUCUUGAAGUUCUAGAACAGGUGAAAUUAAUCAUUGGUAUUUUAAAAACCAGAACAGUGGCCGCCUAUGUUGUGGGGGUAGGGGGGUUAGAGCAAGUAUCCACUGGGUCAGGGCAUAAAAGAACUUUUCUGAGCUUAUGUUUAUGUUCUACAUCAUGAUAGGAAUUUGAGAGGCAGAGGCAUGCAUUUGCCAAAACUAUGAAUAUUACAUUAAGAUUUGUGAAUUUAAUGUAUGUAAAUUUUACAUUAAAAGAAAAAACUAUAAACAAAUAUAGUUUUAAACUCUACUUAAUGAUACACAUGCUGAAAUAUUUAGGGAAAAGAGUAAUGAUGUCUACAAUUUACUUUGAAAUGCAUCAAAAAAUGACAUGGAUUUAGUGGAGGAAUAGAGAGAUGAAUAGACACAAAGAUAUGAGAUAAGCAAAUCUAGUAAACUGUUAGUGGUGGAACCUAGUUAGUGAGUGUCCGAUGUUCAAUGUAAAAUUCUUUCAGUUUUGCUUUAUGUUUGAAAUUUUUCAUAAUACAGCAUUGAAAAAAAUUAUACAAAGUCUGUCAGGAAUACAGCUCUUGAAUAAAUGUUGUAUCAAUGAAUGAGGCAAGGGUAGAAAUUGAAGCAAAAUAGUACUAUUACAAACUCUCUUAAAAUUCAUUCAGGAAAAAGUUCCACUAUUUUAAAAAGGCAAAACUUUUUAAUAGGUUAUUUACAACUCUUAUAAGAGUGAAAUUAAAAAUAAAUUUUAAUGGUCCCUGUGAAACUUAAUUUCCUAUACUGAACUCGAGUCAGGGUUUCAGUUGCUAUUCCUGGGGGAUGGGUACAAGAGAAGGAGAAAGAAAAGAAAGAAAAGAAACUUAUGAGAAGAUUUACCAGAAUUAGGUUCUAAGGUAAUGAGGAAAAAGAAAACACAAACUUUUGGGGCAUGAUGUGUUGUGUGUCAUAUUCCUUCAUGUGUUUUUGGCUUUUUAUGAAGGGACUCUGAUUCCCCAGCAAUGUCAGAUUGUAUAGACCUUUGCAAAAGCAAUUUGGCUCUUUCUACAGACUUAUUCUACAAUUCCACUUUUCAAUACAAUUAUGGCAACAAAGUUUUUGAUGCCAUUUCUAUAUAGUCAAAUAACAAUCACCUAUAUAUCUUGUAACAUUGCUAUUCUUAAAAUAAUCAAGUUACAUAAUCACUCACAUUUCCUAGGACCUUUUUCGAUAUGACACUUUGAUAAAAAUUAAGAAGUUGAAGUUCAUUCAAACAAUUAAUCUGUAUUUCUUUUCUAUACUAUUUAUAUUUUCACACCAGAUGUGGGACAAACAAUUAUUAUAAAUGUGAGAUGCUACAGGUUAAAAACAGCAUACAUUAAUAGUGGUUGUAUUACAAUAAUGAUUCAGGUGAUUUCAGAAUAUGUGUUAAUAUGCAUGCUGUAAUGGGUAAGAUUAUUUAAAAAUGGAGAAUGACACUACUCAAUAAAUGAACACUACUGCUAUUAGUGAUAAAAGGACUAUUGCUCUCAUCAAAAGGUUUAAAUUUCAAAGCAUUUUCAAAGACGGCAUAAGUGCACAACUCAGUGACUGAGUAACAAAUGAAAGAAAAUAUUGAAGUAGAUCAAUUAAGACAAUUACACAGCAGACUAUGUAUCAUACUGAUCUUGGUUCAGAAGGAAAUGAUGACUUCAUGAGAAACACAGAUUUAGAUAUCUCUAUAUUUCACAUCUAUAAUUUUUUUACAUAAUAUAUUAAAAUUCAGGAACAUAAGCCAAAAAAAAUUUCCUCACAGUGAAAAAGAGACAAUACCCAAAUAAUUAUUAAAGGCACAAGGAAAAGAUUUUAAGGGAGUCCUUAUGCUUUAUAUUUCUUAGCUUUGGGCUAGGCUAGGAAAUUUUACCACAUUUUAAAACUAGUUAUCUUACUAUAAUGGUUAGAUGACUAGAAGUUCUAAGAAUGAUUGUGCAGAAGUAUAUAGUGUGUGCAAAACUGCAUUGUUUCAAUAUGUAUGCAUGACAUUAAUAUUUGCCUUAAAUCUCUUCUCUAUCAAAUUAUGAAAUAGAGAACGUACUUUUUUCUUUUUAUAGUAUAAAGAGGAAAAUGAUAAUCCCUAGAAAAAAGGUUCUCUGUAUAGAUGUUGCAGAAGAUAUCUUCCUCUGUGUUUUUUGUGUGCAUAUAAUGCAGUUUAGAUUUUUAUAGUACAAUUUGGCAGGCACACUUAAAUUUCAAAGUCUAAAACUUAUAAAAAAUGGUUUUGAAUCAACAUCUUUAAAAUAUGUAAUAAUGUUUACAAUAAAGAAAAUCGCUUUUUUAAAUGCAUAUAUAAUAAGUGUAUAAACAUGCUAUAGUUAAGUAUAAAAUAAUGUUAAAAUGAGUGCUUAGGGGACUGGCCCAAUGGUGUAGGGUUUAAGUUCACAAGCUCCACUUCAGCAGCCCAGGGUUUUCAGGUUUGGAUCGCAGGCACGGACCUACACAUCACUCA